AAAGUCGUCUCUUAAAACGGUGCAUUUCAGAAAAGUCAUUUGUAGACACUCCCUAAAUCUGCCAGUUUUCUGUGGUUUCCGCAACACCAGACAAUUUGUAAAGCUGAGGCUGCGUUGUCUGGGGGAUGUGUAGACCAUGGACUUUCUGAAUCCUUGAAGAAAAUGAUAGUUGUGCAGAUGUUUUUACUCCUGGAUCUACUCAUUAUGACAAAAGUACACAAAGUAACAGGAGAGCUGCCUUUUCCACAGAACAUAAGAGUCAAGGCUGUGAACACCCAGUUCAUCUUGGAAUGGGACUGGGACCCACAACAAUAUGACGAGACAGUCAGCUUUACCAUGGAGUAUAUUUUUGCAUAUCAGAAAAGUUUAAAAGGAUAUUCCAGUAAUCGUGUGUGUUACAGGAUCCCACAGACCCAGUGUGACUUCACUUACCAGGAUAUUAAUUAUUUUGGAGAAUACUACCUGCGCCUGAGAGCAGAAAGCAAAAAUAUAACUUCCAAGUGGAAAGAGAUAAAGUUCUGCCCCGAGGAACAUUCUGCCUUGGGGCCUCCUUCUAAAGUCAAUAUUGAAUCCAGUAAUGGAGUUCUGAAAGUGAACAUAACUGAUCCAAUGACCCAUAAGAAUGAGUCAAUGCGAAGUCUAAUGAAAAUUUCCUUCUUGAUAGUUUACUGGAAAAACACCUCCACAGCCAAGAAUCGGACCCUUACGAUCAACAAUGCAGAAACUUUACUUACUGGCCUUGAACCCUGGACUCUGUACUGUCUGCAGAUCCAGGCCUUCAAUGAACACUUUAAAAAGAGAAGUCAAUUCACUGAAGCUGUGUGCCAGCUAACAACCUGCAAAGACGAUGGCCUAACUCCAGUCUGGAUGGUCCUGCUCAUCUUCUUCUCUUCAGUAGCACUGCUUCUGUUCUGUUCCUAUGGUGUACAUGUGAUCUACAAAGUGAUCAAAUAUAGCUGCUUCCCACAGCUUCCAGACAGCAUGCAGCUGUAUGAGACAACCCCCAACCUCCAGUACACUGAUGUGCUCUUGAAGGAGGCCGAGAUGGAGCUGUGCUGUGAGAUGGUGAGUGUCAUGCUCAUUGAACCUUCACCCCCUAUCGAGCCAGCAUCAGCCAGCAUCAGGCACGACCACCAAAAUAGCGCAGACUCAGGGGUCUACUCGAGUGAGGAGGGCUCUGGGGGAGCUCAGGCUACAUAGCCAACACCUGAAGCAACUGCAGAGAAAUUCGAUUUCAGCAGGUCAGCUGCUACAAGAGGAACUGGAAAAGAAGACCCUUCUUCAGAACAACAUACCUGUACCAUGCUGCCUGCAGACAGUCACACACUGGCAUAAUAGUUAAUAAAGUAAGAAGCCGAUUAAGAGCCACAUUCAGUUAAAAUACACCACUUAAUUAUCUAACAAUUAGACUAUUAAUUAUCUAACAAUUACUUAGUAACUGCUAUGUAAUAAUGGCCAAACAGUGUCUUUUUCUAUAACUUUUUUUGUUUAAUCAAACUCUUAUACUUAAUAUAAAUCUAGUACCAACCCCUGUGGAAAAGGGUAUAACUUACUGUAAACAGAAGGAACAACUUAACCUGUUAUUUUGUGCAUCAGAAAGUCUACGUGAACUAACAUCUGCAUACUUAUUAAUUAACUUUUGUUAAUUAAUCAAUCAAUCAAUCUUUAUUUUAUAUAGCGCCUUUCAUAGUGGACCACAAUCACAAAGCGCUUUACA